AUGAGCGUGGAUAGCCUUCAACACGUUGAAAGCUACAUCAGAGAUCUCGCUAAGGAAAAAAAUUGCCGCUUUUCCGAGAAUUUCCUCGAUUAUGAUAAGCUUCGUUUAGGCUAUGUGACAGCUGGUCAGUUCUUUCGAGUCAUCAGGCAGUUGAUAGGGGUCGCGUUGGAUCCCAAGGCAGAAGAGUUGAUCAGAAAAGAAUAUGGAAUCAAUAAUGAUGAUAUAGAUUGGCGCAAAUUUGUAUCAAACAUCGAAGGAAAAUUCGAUGUCAAUGACUUCACAGUACCACCUGAGUGCAAAAUUUUAAGCACCAUUGACCCUGGAAACGUCGACUAUAUGACUUUUGAGAAGGAUAUAAAAAACAUUGCCGCAGCAGAACAGUUGGCGAAAACCGGUAUAAAUGUGGGAAACACACGGGAGCAAUGCACAGGUAUUCCGGAGCCGUACGAAAAUUACCUCCGACCUUCGUUGCAUAUGAUAAUGGAUAGAAUUAAAUUUGCUGUUCAUAGACGGGGAAUACGAGUUAUGGAAUUCUUUACAGACUACGACAAAUUGCGCCACGAUGCAGUCACUGAACACCAAUUUGUCUGUGCUUUGCUUCUGGCCAUUGGAAAAGAGGCCCAACUAACUCGUCCUGAGGUACAGAUGAUAGCCAACUACUACAGGAAAAAUGACAAUCCAGAUCUUAUUUCUUACCGUGAAUUCUGUCGUCAAGUCGAUUCACCAUUUUUGGUUCUCAAUCUUGAGAAGGACCCCUUAAAACAACCAUCUUGGCCCGCCCCUGGAAUGCUUUCGAGAGGGCUUGCAAAAUUGGACGAGGAUGAGGAACAAAAAGUGUCUGAGGUGUUGGACAAGAUUCGAUCGCAAGUUGAGAAAAGACGAAUACUCACCUUUCCGUAUUUCAGAGAUUUUGAUUUGGGAACCGGAUGUACGCAACUGAUCACGGCAGCUCAGUUUGCUCGAGUCCUGCACUUUCUUGGGAUGCAAAUCAGUGCGGAGGAUUGUCGACGUUUGUGUCGCAAAUUCGCGGAUCCAACAAGCGGUGAAGUAAGCUAUCGGACAUUUUGCAAAGCGGUCGAUUGUUGGUACGAUCCUGAUCGUCCGAGUCAGGACAAAUCCGACGAGAACGAGGAUCCGAAUGCGGAAGAACCCAGACCGGCGAUUGGUGAGACCAAAGCCGGUCAACCGAUUUCCCGUUGUGACUGGAUGUCAGUUAAUGAACCAAAGCUCAAAUCAGCCGGAGACGAUUGGCCGGUGGAUGUUCUACUGGAUCGAAUUCGUCAUUUAGUUUUGACAAAUCGUAUUCCUUUGAAACCUUGGUUUCAUGAUUUCGAUCAGCUAAGAUCGGGUCAGAUGACACGGACUCAAUUCGCUCGCUGUCUGACCGCGGCAGGGCUGACGCGACUGGAUUUGCACGACCUGACCCCGUCACAAAUGAGCAUGUUAACGAUUGCAUAUGCAUCCAAGAAAGAUCCGAACAUGGUUAAUUGGACCAAAUUUGUGGAGGAUGUGGAUUCAGAGUUGGAAACCAAACCGCUGGUUCGAGUUCUACCCCAGGAAACGUUUGUACAACCGAAACCGGGCACGGCAGAUUGGAGCACAGUGCCCGAUGAGAUGCGCGAGCAUUACGAACGUAGUAUGGCUAUUUUACGACGGAAAAUUCUGGAACGUCGAAUGCUAUUGCUUCCUGAUUUUGAAGCGUUUGAUAAGUACAAUCGGGGAUAUGUGUCAUCGACCAACUUUCGCCAGUUAGUUACAAUGUUCAAUUUUUCCCUCAGUCCGGCCGAGAUAGAUGCGAUUGUCGCUCGUCAUUCAAACGAUGAAGGUUUCGAUUAUCGAGGAUUUCUUCAUGCACUUGAUCCUCCGCCUAAAAGUGAGGAUAUCUACCAGUAUCCAAAACGACUUGAAGAAUUAAGGAAAACCAACAUAUUCCGAUCUGAAUGUAAAGAAAUAGAACCAGUGCUACGAGAUACCGAAGGUGCUUUGGAAAAGCUGAAAAGUGAGGUAAGUAACAAACUGUAA